AUGGGCGGCAACGGCAGCGCCGACGGCUGCCAAUCGGCCCCGCGGUCGGGCUCCAGCAGCAACACAAACGGACCGUCGUCGCGCUCGGGGCGCAGCGGAGAAGGCGGCAGCAGGCGGGGGCCAUGCUUCGCGUCGGGAGGGGACACGCCGUCCGGCGGGUGCGCCGGGCCGCCUUCGAUCGACGGCAACAGCUGCGGGGGAGGGGGGCGGUCCGUCAACGACAACGGCAGCGGAGGAAUGGGGUCAUUGAACAACAACAAUGGCAGCGGAGGGGCGGGAUCACUGAACACCAACAGCAACAGCGGAGCGGAUGGAUCGCUGAACAACAACAACGGCAGCGGAGGGGCGAGGUCUUUGAACAACGCCAGCAGAGGCGGGCCACCGUCUCUGAACGACAACAACGGAGGGCCGUCCGUCGACAACAAUGGCAGCGCGGGCGCGAGAUCGCUGAACAACAACGGCAGCGUGGCGGCCGGAUCGCUGACCAACAACGGCAGCGCGGGGGCUGGAUCGCUGAACAACAACGGCUUCGUGCCCGGGGACGGCGCCAGCCCGCCCUCCGCCGACGCACCCUCCGGCACGCCCUCCAAGGCGGGCUCGCCAUCCGACCACCGCCGCGCGGCUAGCGACAGCAACCUGCCGGACAUGCGGGCCAAAAGCGCCACGUCCGAGUGCCCGCUGGACUCCGGCCCCGACGCCCUGCGCCUGGGCGAGUACCUGGACGUGCCCUCCCUCAGCGACCCGCUCUUUCCCAGCCCAGGCGCGUCCCUUGACGGCCUGGACAUCUUCGCGCCGAACCCGGACCCGGACCCGGACGCCUUCGGGCCCGCGGAUCCGCCCCAGCAGCCUGAGCCGCACGGCGCCGUUCCCUGCGAGCCCAGCCAGGGGCUGGCCCCGAGGGCCCCCACGCAGCCGUUCCGAUCCGCGCCCCAGCUCAAGUCCGAGGACUUGAAGGUGAAUGACGGGGCCGGCGUGGGGGGGGAGAUGGGAGGCUACCGGGAUGGCGCGCGGUGCGAGGUGGCGCCGAGGGGAUUCGGCGGGGGGUGGGAUGAAGGGCAGUUUGACGCUGGAGGGACCAGUGGAUCGAGGGGGGCGUUCUGCCCGCGCCCGGGCGGCGGGGUGCCGCAGCAGCCCCCGUGGCAGGGGGGGCUGGGCGCGGCAAGGAGCUGGCGCGAGUUCGGCCAGGGGGCGGACGGAUUGGGGCUGGGGGGGGUGCUCCGCGUGUCCAGCCAAUCCUCGCCACCACCCGGGGCCUUGGGGCCCAGCGUUCCUUGGGGCCCGCGACGGGAGGAGCGGGGGGAUUAUCCCGGCCGCCUGCAGGGACUUGGGACCCGGGAGGAGGGGGGCCGCUCGCCGGACGGGGAGCUCCUGGUGCUGGGCAAGGCUGGCCAAGACCCCAAGUCGAAGUCAGCGUCAGAGUGCACCACACAGACGGACUCGGGCAUGCUCGCGGAGCCCAGCGCGCACGAUGGCGACGAGGAGGUGGAGUCGCCAGUGCCGCCGCGGGUUGAACCCCUGCAGCCUGUCUCCAAUCCCCCAAUCUCGAUUCCACCCGUGCACUUGCAGCAACACCACCGAAGGAACUUUCCCUUUGGAUUCGGCCCGGCUGCGCGGUUGGCUGAUCCGUUGGUGUUCGGCGGUCUGCCACCGCCGCCCGCCCCCCCGGGCGGGCCGGCCCCCAGGGCCCAGGGUGGGAGCUUCAGGCUGUGGGCCGUGUCUGAGAGGGUGGAAUGGGACAGCCGGGUCCGCUGUGCGGGCUGCCACAUGGACUACCACUUCGAGUGCCUGCCGGGCGAGCCGUGGGGGCUGGACAGGCCAUGGUUCUGCAGCAUGCCCUGCCACGGGAUCAGCGCGAUGCUGGCCAUGCAGAACUGCCGCGGGCUCGUGCAGGUCGACCGCCUGGUGGACAACACACCCAUCAGCUGGCAGCUCAUCCGUGGGGCAGCCGUCUACAAGCCCAGUGACUGCACUGCGCAUGCUCCCAAGUACACUGGCCAGCAACAGAAGCGCCUGAGGGUGGUUCUGGAGGGUGCCAAGCUGCUCCUUUCCUACUCCUUCGAGCCCCUCCUGGAUGGCGCCACGGAGGAGAACCUCAUACCCCUCAUGGUCGAGGGCCGCCGGUCGCCCGACGGCGCCACCGACUUCUCGGGCUUCCAGUCCGCCACCCUGUGGGUCGGCAAGACCCUGGUAGCCGUGGCCCUGCUGCGGGUGCUGGGCCCCUUUGUGGCGGAGCUGCCGCUGGUGGUGGUGCACAGGGAGGUGCGGGGCUACGGACUGUCCAAGCUGCUGUUCUCGGCAGUGGAGAGGUGCAUGUUCGAGGUUGGGGUGCAGGCGGUGGUGAUGCCCGGGUUUGGAGCCAGUCAGGGGAUGGGGACCAGUGGACGGUCCAGCGCAGAACUGGUGAGGCUGCUUCAGAAGAUCAGAGCACAUGCCAAAGCCCAGGCGCCGCCUUCAGUGUGUCGUUUGUGUUGA